CUUUAUCCGUCUGGCUUGACUCUGUUGUGGAAGCCAUUUUGGGAUUUUCCUAGUAGUAAUUGUGAGUCAAGCGCGUAACUUUUCUCUUUUACCACGAGGAUUUAGUAUUAUGAUAAGAGUACGGAUCUAAUAUUUGCACGAAAUAAUUAUUACUUUUUAUUUUCAACCGCCCAUCGAAAUGCGGCGCACGUUUUGCGCAUGUAAGCUUCGGAUUGUCAUUUCUCAACUGGAAUAUCUUCAAAACAACAAGAGAUUAUAGACACUGAUGGUCGAACUGCGUGAUCAACAAUUCGCGAUGGAUUUUUCCCGCCUGCACACGUAUACUCCUCCAAACUGUACUCCGGAUAACACAGGCUAUACCUAUUCACUCAGCUCCAGUUACUCCUCCUCCGCUCUCGAGUUCGAGAAGGAGCACAAGAUCAAUCCUGUGUACGACUCGCCCAGAAUGUCACGCCGGAGUUUAAGACUACAAACCAGCGCCGGUUUCUACGCUGAUGGCAGCUUUGCUGAGCUCACAGAGAAUCACAACGUCAGCUCCAACAAGCGCUCAACAACGAGUGCGAACAGGUCUGUUCGAAGCAGAAGGCAACAGCGGGAAUCGUCCAUAUACGAGUCCCAGAGCGCAACUCAGACUCCUCAGAAAGAUCAGAUUCAGUACGCAUCAGACGUGAGCAUCAUCAGCACCGCCAGUGAUGCAUCUCUGAUCUCCAGCCUGCUGGAUCAGUCGACCCUCAGACAGAGCUCAACCGCACACACGUACUCAACGCGGCGGAGGCGAACCGAUCACAGUUUGAUGUUGGAGAAUGGAGACACUAGUAAAACAGAGACGCACACUAAAGCGAACGGCUACAUCUGUAAGGAUUGCUCCUUCCAUUCGGACCAGAUGACAAAUGACGAAACUGCAUAUUCUUUAUCGCAGUCCUUAUCAAUGUCCUCAGCUGCCCAUCAGACCGUUGCAGACGCCCGUAUGAACAGUGUAGACAAGACAGUUCAUGAUAGUUACUGUGGCAGUGUAAAUGUGGGGCAUCUGAUGACCACAGACAGACACCUCAAUCUCAAUGGAUCACUUUGUGAUGAUUGUAAAGGGAAACAGCGUGUGGAAAUACACACAGAACAUAAACGCACGUCCUACACCCAUCACAUACUCACCAUACUGUGGACUCUCGUGUCUUUCACAGGUUCUGGUCUACUGGGGGUUUGCAGAGGUUUUGCUUCAGCUCCUGUGUUUGUGGCUCGUAAGCUGAAGUCCAUUCUGGGGUUGGGAGUGUUGUCUUCAGGUGAUGAUAAUGAAGAGAAGCAGUAUGUGGAAUCUAAACAUUAUUCCUACACCCGUCACAUAUUCACCGCACUGUGGGCUGUUGUGUCUUACACAGGUUCUGGUCUACUGAGGGUUUGCAGAGGUUUUGCUUCAGCUCCUGUGUUUGUGGCUCGUAAGCUGAAGUCCAUUCUGGGAUUGGGGGUGUUGUCUUCAGGUGAUGAUAAUGAAGAGAAGCAGUACGUGGAAUCUAAACAUUAUUCCUACACCCGUCACAUAUUCACCGCACUGUGGGCUGUUGUGUCUUUCACAGGUUCUGGUCUACUGAGGGUUUGCAGAGGUUUUGUUUCAGCUCCUGUGUUUGUGGCUCGUAAGCUGAAGUCCAUUCUGUGGUUGGCAGUGUUGUCUCCAGGGAAAGCAGCGACCGGCGCCUUCUGGUGGUUAGGAACAGGGUGGUACCAGCUGGUAACAUUAAUGUCUUUGAUCAACGUCUUUCUUCUCACCAGGUGUCUUCCCAAACUACUAAAGCUUCUUCUGUUCCUGCUACCUUUUCUGCUGCUGUUCGGAUUGUGGUAUCUUGGUCUAGCUGGUUUUCUGACCUUCCUUCCCGCUGUAAACCUCACCGAAUGGAAGACGCUGAUGCCCACUAUUGCAUCACUUCCCUCCCUCCCGUCUCUCCCCUCCUUACCAUCGUUUCCUUCACUUCCUGCUUUCCCAUCAGAGCCACUGGCUCAAGAACAUCACAUCCAACCUCCAGUCACCUCACAGCCUGCAUCAGAGUCCAUUAACAGCGAGCGAUUGCUGCGACUCGAGCAGCGUGUGGCGGCGAUGUGGGAGAACAUUCAGCAGGGGGAGCUGAAGGCACAGCAGCAGCAUCAGGAGGCUGUGGGUUUGGUUCAGGAGCUAAAGGCGCAGGUGGACACAAAGACGGACAGAGACGCUCUCGGCCUCUGGGUCUCACAGAUGAUCGAACCCAAGUUCACAGCGAUCAGAGGAGAAAUGGAGAAAGAGGCCACCGGCAGGACACAGAUUGAAGAACAGCAUGUACGGCAUCAGGCGACUCUCGAAGCCCGACUGCGAGAGCUUGAACUUUAUCUGCAGAACCUGAACACCCGAACUACAGAAAUCCAUCUUAAACAGGAGACACCUGCCACAGCCCCCAUCAGUGUUGGAGUAUCUCAGGAGAAGCACGAUGCGUUGCUCCUGGAGGUUCAAAGGAUGGAAGCCGAACUUGGGCGCAUCAGAGCAGACCUGCAAGGAGUUAUGGGAUGUCAAGGGAAAUGCGAUCGGCUGGAUACCAUGCACGAAACGGUAUCAGCACAGGUGAGAGAGCAGCUGUACGCUCUCCUGUACGGUCGUGACAGUGGCGAUGCCGAAAUCCCAGAGCCCCUGCUGCCGUGGUUGGCCUCUCAGUACACGCGCUCGUCUGACCUGACCGCAACCCUCACGGCGCUGGAGCGCAGCAUCCUGGGAAACGUGGCGCUUCGGCUGCAGGAGAGCGAAGUGAAGCAGUCCACUACAGAAACUGUCACUCAAACCGUCGCCCAGACUGCCAUGGCUGCUGGGAUGUCAGAAGAGCAAGUCCAGCUGAUCGUCCAGCGCGCUUUGAAGUUAUACUCGGAGGACCGUACGGGACAGGUGGACUACGCUUUGGAGUCUGGAGGUGGCAGCAUCCUCAGCACACGGUGUUCAGAAACAUACGAGACAAAAACUGCUCUCAUGAGCCUAUUCGGACUACCGCUGUGGUAUUUUUCGCAGUCUCCACGUGUUGUCAUUCAGCCGGAAAUGUACCCAGGCAACUGCUGGGCAUUCAAAGGCUCCCAUGGUUAUCUGGUGAUCAGGCUGUCUUUAAAAGUGUUCCCUACAUCCUUCUGUCUGGAACAUAUUCCCAAAUCCCUCUCUCCGUCCGGCAACAUCACCAGCGCACCACGCCGAUUCACGGUCUAUGGAUUGGAUGAUGAAUACCAGGAAGGAGGACAACUGUUAGGUGACUACACCUAUGAAGAAGACGGAGAGUCCCUACAGAUCUUCCCUGUUAUGGAGAAGAACGACAAGGCUUUCCAGAUCAUUGAGAUGAGAGUAUUGUCAAACUGGGGUCACCCCGAAUACACCUGCCUAUACCGCUUCAGAGUUCACGGCAGCCCGCACGCUCCAUAAUCACAUCUGCUCUACUAUACAUUUAUAUCCCUUUAUGUACAUAGAGAAAACGCUUGGACUUUGACGCAGCGAGGAGGAAACUGGUCUCAUGAGCUACAUUUUUAAGACUUUAAUACGAAUGACGGAGUUAAAGGGAGCAGAGGAGAAAAUUUAAGCUAAAUAUUUUCACAUACACUCAUUUCCUUGUUCUUGCACUGAUUUUCCACGUUCGGCGGCACCUCGUGUCACAUAGAAACAAUUGCUCUCGUAGGAUCUCACCCGUAGAGGUAUUUGUGCCUUCAGACAGGACAUACUUCUCAUUCUGUGUACAUUUUGUUGUAGAGACGCUCAUGUUAGUCACUAAGCUUGAGUUUAACCUCGUCACUGCCCGUACAGAAAGUGAUUGUUUUUGGUUUUAAACCUUUAUUCUUUAUUUUAAAUCUCAUGAAAUAUGUCAAGAACAAAUUUGGGUCAAAACUGAAUUUUAGUUCAAAAAGAAAUUGCAUUAAAUUGAUGCUUUUUUCAAGCUCAUUUGUAAUAUAAAAAAAAUUGAAUGUAAAAUUUAAAGGUUUAUACAUUAUGCUAGUGUGGAUAUUGACUACAUUCAUUGUAUUACAGUAAUCAUCAUCAUCUCCAGAUGUAUAAGAAUUUUUUGCAUUAUGGUUAAAUGCCACCGCAAAGUAUGAUGUAAUUAUUUUUAAUUUGAGGGUAAAAUGCAACCCGGGCAUAUUUUCGUUAGAUUCACUCAAACAGGCACUAUUUUUUUCUACUUUUUGGAAAUUGUAUUGGACACUGAUUCGUGUGUACAGAGGACAUCUGGACAGAAAGAAAAUGGCCGUCUAUGGACACUGUGUGACUAAUCUGUGUACAUUUAAACAUAACUGGACCCGUCACUCAUUUGAUUCAGUAUCACAUUGCAGACGCGAUAACCUGCAGGAAUGUAACUUAUUGUAAUAACAUUUUUAAUCUACUCAUAUCAGUGUUGAUUUUACGUAAAGGGGUGCACCACGUUAUUAUUUUGUGUUUUUGUUCAGCAUUUAGUUUCAGUAGAUAAUACACUGUCAUGUUUUAAGAAAAUGUUUGUUGCACAAGUCCUAUGUAAUUCAUUGGAUAUGUUAAAAAGGCAAAGGUUCAUUUAUAGAACCACAUCUGGUAAAUGUUGUUGACCUUUUCAGUUUGUAAAAUACUUUUCGUUUGUUCAUGACUAUUUAUUUUAUCGAGAUAGGACUUUGUGCAGUGUGUUUUUGUAAAAAUGCUUUUCAGUGCAUAUUGGUCUGUUUAUAUUUUUAGGUUUUUUUUGUCUUAUAAAAUGUACUGGUAAAGGAUUUAAAUUUUAAGAAAAUGUACAUGAUUUCUUAUUGACGCUUUAAGAACAGACUGAAGUACAGCAAAUGAGUUAUUAAAACAAAAUUCACCAAAAAAAAAUG